CGAGGGGUGACGAUGGGUGGGAGAGGGGUGGGAUUCUGGGAGUGCUGGUGUGCAUGGGGCGUGCGGGGCACGGUGGAGGGGAGGGAGACAUGCUAGCAGCAGUGCACUCCUUUUUCAACCCCCAUUACUUUCCAUCCGCCCGUUCCACCCCCUCACCCAACCCCAACCCCCCUUUCCAUUCCACCCUCCUUCCUCAGCUAUCAGCAGUGCACUCCGUACUGGAUGGACAUGCAGUGGGCAAGGAUGAUGGGAGUGGGAGUGCUGGUGAUUUUCAUGACAGGGAGGAGGGGGUAAAGGCAGCUGGUGGUGGGAGUGGGAGGGAGGAGGAGAAAGAAGGGAACACACAGGGAGAGGAAGAAGAGGGAGGGGAUGAUGGAAGGGCAGAAGGGGGUUCAGCAAUUGAGGGAAUGGGGGAGGAGUGCGAGGUCUGGAGGGAGGGAGUGGAUGGGAUGAUGAGGACGGGUGGGCAGCGAGGGGAGGUGAUGAGGACGAGUGGGAUGGGGCGGCAGGGGCAGGAUGGGUGGAGGAGGGAGGAGUGGGGCCGAAUGGGGAGUGAAGAAGAGGAGGAAUGGGGCCAAAAGAGGCGUUCGUUUACCUUUCUGCAUGAGAGGGGCGGCAGCAGGGAGGGCAGCAGGCCUGGGCAGCGCAGAGGCGUGUGGCACCACAUUGUUGCCAAAUUUCACCGUUCUUCUUCCAUCGCUCAUGGCGUCCCGUCCCUCACGCCGUCCUCUUGCUGCAUUCAGCACCACCUCAAUCUCAUUGUUUCUCCAUCCACCUUUUUUCCUCAUGCCAUCUCCCUUGUUCUGUUUCUCUAUCUUCUCUGGGCGUAUCCCGCAGUGGUGGCAGGCCAACUGUUCACAUGGAGUUGCUGGCGUGCGCAUAUUCCGCCCCCCUGUGUUUUUGGGAACGGCAUCUGCCUGCCCCAUAAUCUCUUCCAUCUGUCCCUUGGUCUUUUCCAUCUGCCCAUUCGUCUUUUUCCAUCUGCCCGGCACACACUUCAUUUUCCCCAUGGUUGCUUCUCCCGCACCCAUCUCACACCUCUCCCACGCCCAUCCCACGCCCCUUGUGCGGUGCACCCCUCUUUCCCUCUCCCUUCCCACCCUGCUUACACUGCCUGCUGGACCUUCCCCGCAACUGUCACCACCCCUUCCACACCCAUCUCACACCCCUCCCACACCCAUCUCACACCCCUCCCACACCCAUCUCACACCCCUCCCACACCCAUCUCACACCCCUCCCACACCCAUCUCACACCCCUCCCACACCCAUCUCACACCCCUCCCACACCCAUCUCACACCCCUCCCACACCCAUCUCACACCCCUCCCACACCCAUCUCACACCCCUCCCACACCCAUCUCACACCCCUCCCACACCCAUCUCACACCCCUUCCACACCCAUCUCACACCCCUCCCACACCCAUCUCACACCCCUCCCACACCCAUCUCACACCCCUCCCACACCCAUCUCACACCCCUCCCACACCCAUCUCACACCCCUCCCACACCCAUCUCACACCCCUCCCACACCCAUCUCACAACCCUCCCACAACCGUCCCCUCCUCUUUCCCCCCAACCCCCGUCCAGACAGAGGAGGUGCAUGCAGGGGAGCUCCGCUGGGUGGGGGGUGAGAGGGUGGGGGGUGAGAGGGUGGGGGAUGAGAGGGUGGGGGGUGAGAGGGUGGGGGGUGAGAGGGUGGGGGGUGAGAGGAUGGGGGAUGAGAGGGUGGGGGUUGAGAGGGUGGGGGGUGAGAGGGUGGGGGGUGAGAGGGUGGGGGGUGAGAGGGUGGGGGGUGAGAGGGUGGGGGGUGAGAGGGUGGGGGGUGAGAGGGUGGGGGAUGAGAGGGUGGGGGGUGAGAGGGCGGGGGGUGAGAGGAUGGGGGAUGAGAGGGUGGGGGGUGAGAGGGUGGGGGGUGAGAGGGUGGGGAGUGAGAAGGUGGGGGGAGGAAGGGUGGGGGGAGGGAGGGUGAGUGAUGGGAGGGUGGGAGAUGGGAGGGUGGGAGAUGGGAGGGUGGGCGUUGGGAGGGUGGGCGUUGGGAGGGUGGGCGUUGGGAGGGUGGGCGUUGGGAGGGUGGGCAUUGGGAGGGUGGGCAUUGGGAGGGUGGGCGUUGGGAGGGUGGGCGUUGGGAGGGUGGGCAUUGGGAGGGUGGGCAUUGGGAGGGUGGGCGUUGGGAGGGUGGGCAUUGGGAGGGUGGGCUUUGGGAGGGUGGGCAUUGGGAGGGUGGGCAUUGGGAGGGUGGGCGUUGGGAGGGUGGGCAUUGGGAGGGUGGGCAUUGGGAGGGUGGGCAUUGGGAGGGUGGGCGUUGGGAGGGUGGGCAUUGGGAGGGUGGGCGUUGGGAGGGUGGGCAUUGGGAGGGUGGGCAUUGGGAGGGUGGGCGUUGGGAGGGUGGGCAUUGGGAGGGUGGGCGUUGGGAGGGUGGGCAUUGGGAGGGUGGGCGUUGGGAGGGUGGGCAUUGGGAGGGUGGGCAUUGGGAGGGUGGGCGUUGGGAGGGUGGGUGUUGGGAGGGUGGGCGUUGGGAGGGUGGGCAUUGGGAGGGUGGGCGUUGGGAGGGUGGGCAUUGGGAGGGUGGGCGUUGGGGUGGUGGGCGUUGGGAGGGUGGGCAUUGGGAGGGCAGCAACUCAGGGUGUUCCUCUGCAGCUUGUGGGAAGCUUCCAGCUCACAGGUUUGAAUCGUUUCAUAAGUGUGUCCCUGGCUAUGUUCUCCCCUGUCCUUCACUCUCCCUGUGCUGCCUGCCUGGUCCCAGGUGGUUCGCCUCCAGCCACCCUCUGA